UGACCUGAGCCAAAGUAGGCUGUUUAACCAACUGAGCCACCGAGGCACCCCUAAAAAAAGGUAUUUCUAAGAGAUAAGACUGAAAAUUGGAAUGAAAAUAUGAAGUUAUGGUGUCUCGAAGAAAACAUACUGAUAAUGCAUGAGGAGAACCCGGGGAUGAACAUUUAUGACAAAUACCUAAUGAAUCUGUUAAGGCUGUCAGUUAUAUGAGAGUGGUCACUGAAUUCUCCCUUUUCUCAGUUCCGUGAAGAGAUGGGCGAUGAUUUCAAACAGCUUCUGUUUCAUUUUAGAAGUUCACUGGCUUUUCUGCAGAAGAAUCCCCAUUUGUCUCAUCGGGAUAAUGAAAUGACUUCAUCUUUCUGGAACACAUACACUUUUGUGAGAGCACGUGCCUGACAGGCAUUGGCUCAACAUCUAUUUAUCACUUGGUGAAAAUGUGUUAAGGAAACCUAACUCAAAAUUGGAGCUGGGAGGCCAGGAGGGGAGGGCUCUCACUUGAGCACCACUAGUCCCAGCUUGCAUAGUCCAGCAGGAAGGAGGGAGCUGUCGAGGCCGGGCAGCAGCAGGCAGCCCUUGCUUGCAGCCCUUGAGAGGCCCCCACCGCUUCCGCCUCCUGCAGGCCAGCGAGAAGCUGCCACCGCUAGAACUCUCAUUUCCCUCCAAUGACCUUUUGUUCACAACAACCCCUCCCAGCUCCCUUCUUUCCUCUAUAAAAAGAUGCUCUCUCCUCCGUUCUUUGGACUCGGCUGUGGUUCGCCACAGUUUGCUUGUCCUGAAUUGCAAUUUCUCUGCUAUUCCCAAGUAAACUCACUUUUGCCGGCUGAAUUACUUAUUUUUUUCUUUUCAAAACGUUGACAAUUUAAAACGAUCUAAAUUCAGUCCUGCAAGGGAAGACUGUUUUCCACUUGAGAGAUCAAGGGCAUUAAAUUCAAGUUGUGUAACUAGAGUUGGGGGGCAUACCUCUUUAAAAUGCGUCACCAGAGGCCUGUCGAGGUGGCUGCUCAGAAGAAAACACCCGGAGUCAAACAGCUGCCUGCUGCGGAGACAGGUGGAGCUCAAAAGGGGCUGUACCUUGUGAGCCUGGACAUGCAGACGUCCAGAUUCUGGAUUUGGGUACUGUUUCUUUGCCGGGUUCCUGAGAGUGGAGGACGCCAGCACAACUGUGAAGCCUGAGUUUCCAGCAGUUUCUUUAUCAAAAGUGGACAGGUCCAAAUAGGCCGUCCUGCCCCGUGAGCUGAGGCAGAGAGCCCUAGAAAGGAGCGCUGACGUCAUUAUGCUCCAGCAGCUCCUGAUCUCCUUGCCCAUGGAGGCCAGCGCCUGGGUGAAGUUGCACCGACCGAAGAAGGCCAAGGAGGGGGCACCCCUGUGGGAGGACGUGGCUAAGAUGUUUGCAGGAGAAGUUUUGCUCUCUAUGGAUGCUGAUGAGACCCAGGGAGAAAGUUUCAAGGAUGAAGUGACCUCUAGGCCGCUGACACUAGAAUCCCAGGACCUGUUGACCUUCAAGGACAUAUCUGUGGACUUCACCCAGGAGGAGUGGGGCCAGCUGGCCCCUGCUCACCGGAGUCUAUACCGGGAGGUGAUGCUGGAGAACUAUGGGAACCUGCUGUCAGUGGGAUAUCAGCUCUCCAAACCUGGUGUGAUUUCCCAGUUGGAGAAAGGAGAAGAGCCAUGGCUGAUCGAGAGAGAGGUUUCAGGAGGUCCAUGUGCAGACUUGGAGAAUAAAACAGAAACCAAGGAGUCAGCCAUAAAGAAUGAUAUUUCAUGGGAAGAAUCACACCAUGGCCUAAUGAAGGAACAGUCCGCAGGAGAAAGCACCAUAUAUUCCACAUUGGGAAGAGUCUCCAAAUGUGAUCAGUUAGAAGGCCACCAGGAUAACCAAGGAGUGGAUGAGGGGCAAAUCCCCUUGGUGCACAAGAAAGCACUCACUCAGGAAAGAGGCCGAGAAUCUAACAGCUUUGAGAAAAGUAUUAAUGUGAACUCAAAAGUUAUUCUAGGACCAGAAGGUUCUCUGAGAAAAAAAGACCAUAAAUAUGAUGUACCUAGAAAGAAAGGUAGAUACAAUUUAGAUUUGAUUAAUCAUUCAAGGAGUUAUACCAGAUUGAAAACCUUUGAAUGUACUAUUUGUGAAAAAAUCUUCAAACAGCUCAUUCACCUUACAGAACACAUGAGAAUUCAUACUGGAGAGAAACCUUUUCGAUGUAAAGAAUGUGGAAAAGCUUUUAGCCAAAGCUCAUCCCUUAUUCCACAUCAGAGAAUCCAUACUGGUGAGAAACCCUAUGAAUGUAAGGAAUGUGGGAAAACCUUCAGACAUCCAUCAUCUCUUACUCAACAUGUUAGGAUUCAUACUGGGGAGAAGCCCUACGAAUGUGGGAUAUGUGAGAAAGCGUUCAGCCAGAGCAUUGGGCUGAUCCAGCAUCUGAGAACUCAUGUUAGAGAGAAGCCUUUUACCUGCAAAGACUGUGGAAAGGCGUUUUUCCAGAUUAGACACCUUAGGCAACAUGAGAUUAUUCAUACUGGUGUGAAACCCUACAUUUGUAACGUAUGCAAUAAAACCUUCAGCCAAAGCACAUACCUAACCCAACACCAGAGAACUCAUACUGGAGAAAGACCAUAUAAAUGUAAGGAAUGUGGGAAAGCCUUUAGCCAGAGAAUUCAUCUUUCUAUUCAUCAGAGAGUCCACACGGGAGUGAAGCCUUAUGAAUGCAGUCAUUGUGGGAAAGCCUUUAGGCAUGAUUCAUCCUUUGCUAAACAUCGGAGAAUUCAUACUGGAGAAAAACCUUAUGAUUGUAAUGAAUGUGGAAAAGCCUUCAGCUGUAGUUCAUCACUUAUUAGACAUUGCAAAACACAUUUAAGAAAUACCUUCAGCAAUGAUAUGUGACAUAUGUUCAUCAUCAGAGGAUCCUCAUAAUGGAGCAAAAGCCUCUAAAUUGGAGGUUUUCUGACUUUCGGAUUUCAAGAAGCAAUGAUUUUUUUUUAAAUGACUUGAUGCAGUGUUACCACUAUCAGUUUUGCCAUAUUAAAGAAACAACCUAUUAAUCAACAUCAUUCAGAAAAGAAAAGGCAUUUUAAUAUUUUAAAAUAUAGGAGGGAUAAUCAUUAGGAAUAGCCCUUAACAUUGAAUUAAGUUAGCCUUAUGAAAAUCUCUCAAAUUUGUCCUUAUUUUUCUCAUUUCAUUAUGGGCCAAUGGAAAGUUCAUCAUGGCAAGUUAAUGAUACUUAGAUUGGCUUUUGAAAAUCACAGUUUUAAAUAAUCAGAAUUAAAUAUAGUAUAACUUUUUACUUUAUCCCUUUAUAUGGCUAGAAGAGGUAUAAAUAAAAAUACUGGCUGCCACAUUUCUACAAGAAAUAAUAAUAAAGGAGGCUUUCUAGAAUUGAUAGAUAACCUACUAUACAUGAGAUACGUGAGUGUGUUUUAUGCUUUCCUGUAGAGAAUUGGCAGACUUUUCAUGAAGGGCCGGACACUGAAUAGUAGGCAUUGCGGCCAUAUGAGCUCUGCCAGACCCACUCAACUGUACCAUUUUUGUUCAGAAUCAUCCAAAAAUACAUAAAUCAGAAUAUCUCAACCUUGGCUCUGCUGAUAUUUGGGGCCAGAUAUUUUGUUUGGGGCAGCUGACCUGUGCACUCUUUAGCAUUAUCUCUGGCCAGAAGAUGCCAGUAGUUCCCGCACCCAUUGUGACCACCAAAAACAUCUCCCAACAUUGCUGGAGGUUCCCUGGGGCCCAAGAUUGCGCUUGUGAAGUACUUGAGAACCACAGACACAAAUAAAUAGCUAUAGCUCUGUUUCAGUAACCUUCAUUUUAAACACUGGUGUUGGGUUGCCUUUAGCCUGAGAGCUGUAGUUUUCCGUUUCUGCUGUAGAAUACAUAAAUGACUGUCUCCCUCCUGCACCUGAAUAAGCACAGCAGGAAUAGGGGUUGUGGAGUGUUACUAUUUUUUAAAUCUGCUUUGCUGGAACUUUUGAUGUGUUCUGUUAUAAUGUCACAUCAAAAGGUUAGAAGUUUUAUAUAAUCUCUGAAACAGUUGUAGCAUUCAAACAUAUAAUAGGACCUAAGGAAGUUUAUCAUCACUUAUUUGGCAGUGCGUCCCAUGGGAUGUGACAUAUCAAAUAAGCCUAUUUCAUCAAAAAGACUUCAUUUAUAAGUUGAAUAUUGGGAAGUUUGAAAUAUCAGAAGGUUUUAAAGCAUAUGUCUAAAGAAGAUUAUAGAUCAUUUAAAAACAAUAAUUAUAAUAAUUAUCUAUUUAGCCAAGGUGGCAAUAAGAUUCUAAAGGCAGAUGCAGAGGAUUACAUAGUUAUUAAAAUUUAGCUUAAUGUUGAGAAAAUCCAACUUUAAAGAUAAAACAUAGAAACUUUGUUCUUCUAGGCUGGUUAAAGAUACAGAAUAAUCUUUGUUUACAAAGAUAUUUGUUUGCAACGUAGACCUAAGAAAACUGUCAUUUUAAAAGAAAAGCCAAAUUGGAAUUUUAUACUGGUAUAAUUCCAAUAUUAAGACUCAUAUAUUUCAAUAAGGUGAGUUUGUAAAAAAAAUCAUGCAGUCCUUCCUUUUUCCUCCCUAUCAUCUCCCACGUUGAUACAUACUUUUUGAGACAAACACAUACAGGAUGCUGCAUGGAUCUGAGGUUUUGUGGUGGACGCUGUGGAGAGUGACUGGAAUCCCCAUCAAGAAUAAAGAACUCUCGGCUCUAGGGAUUGUGGCCAACAGUUUUCAACUCUCACAUGCCAUCAGGGGUCACCUUAACUGAAGACAGCCACCUUGCCAAGGCAUACCCUCUUCCCAAGUUGUUACAUCCAAUGACUUAUAAAAGUCCAGCCCUUUUGCCGUAAUUUAGGGUGGUUCUGAAGGGUGAUCCCACUUUUGGAACUCCUCAGAGAAUCAGUGGAGUCUUGUGUUGAUAUUGUAUGACUGCUCAACUUCUGCCUAGUCUUGCUCUCUCACUCUCCUUUCUCUCCUCCAAAUGUUGGUUGCUCCCUAAUAAACAUUUUUACACAUUAA